CUAGUACUCGCUUUGGUCGAGCGUCGGUCUCAGAUAGUUUCACACUUGCCCAAUUUGUCCAUCGUAAAUCGCCUACGCCUCAAACCCUAGUUCACUGAGCACAGCCGCCUGCUUCUUCUAGCUUCCACUAAAACCUUAAUUCGUCGAUACUCUCUCUUAGAUAAAAUGAGAGGAAGGAGUUACAGCCCAUCACCACCAAGAGGCUAUGGUAGAAGAGGGCGGAGCCCUAGCCCUCGGGGACGUUACGCCGGUGGCGGCGGCCGUGGCGGCGGCAGAGAUCUUCCUACUAGCCUUCUAGUCCGCAACCUUCGCCAUGAUUGCAGGCCCGAAGACCUCCGCAGGCCUUUUGAACAGUUCGGUGCUCUCAAGGACAUUUACUUGCCUAGAGAUUAUUAUACUGGGGAACCCCGUGGUUUUGGCUUUGUACAAUAUUCAGAUCCUCAUGAUGCUGCUGAGGCAAAACAUCAUAUGGAUGGUAGGGUUCUUCUUGGCCGUGAGUUGACAGUUGUAUUUGCUGAGGAGAAUAGGAAGAAGCCCUCUGACAUGAGGGCAAGGGAGCGAGGAAGGGGCCGAUUUCGCGAUCGUAGGCGAUCUCCACCUCGUUAUUCUCGUUCCCCUCGCAACUCUCGCUCUCCACCUCCACGAUACGGAAGAUCUAGGUCCCGUAGUCGUGAAUAUUAUUCUCCUCCUAAGAGACGGCACCACUCAAGAUCUCUUUCACCCCAAGAGAAGAGAUAUAGUCAAGAGAGGUCAUACUCACGGUCAAGGAGCCGCAGUCGAACUCCCAAUAGGGGUCAAAGCCAGAGCCCAAGAAGCAGAAGCCGAAGCCCAAACAAAAGCAGAAGCCUUAGCCAUAGAAGGAGCCGGAGCCAGAGCCCAAAUCACGAUGAAUACCCUAGGGAAUCAAAUGGCAAUAGAUCACCUAGUCGGUGAAUGAGGUACUAGGCUGGGAUGAUUGUAAUGCUAUUGUGUUUUGAAUCAUGUUUUCCCAUCGAUGUAGGUGAUCUAGGUUUUCUUGUUUGUUGUUCGGAUGCUUUUUUGUUCUUGGCAGAAAAUGUGUGAGGAAAAUUUUAAGCAUUUCAAGAUUUGCACUACGUUGUUGGCUUACUAAUAGAUUAUUUGGUAUUCCUAUAUAAUUUAUCUAACAAAAUGAGUUAAUGUUGGACUA